GAGUAAAGGAAGACCCAUUGAAUUGAAGUAUGCAGAGAACUGGGCUGUGGCGGCGUGGCUCUUCUUCUCUGAAAUUUGAUCAAUGGAAUCAUCGCAGUGGAUCCACUCUCUGCUUUUCCUCCUACUCGUCAUCGCCGCUUUGCAUCUCCUUCAUACCCUCACUGUAGCCCCCAGGCUCACCGUUGAUCACCGAAACGCUCGCCUCAAGAAGCAGCCUGACCUCCCUCUUCGCUUCCGCUCCCACGACGGCACUUUCAAGAUCCUUCAGGUUGCGGAUAUGCACUAUGGGAACGGGAAGGUGACGCGGUGCAGAGAUGUGCUGGAGACUGAGUUCGACAAUUGCUCCGAUCUCAACUCGACCGUGUUCUUGAGGAAGUUGAUACAGCUUGAAAACCCCGAUUUGGUUGUAUUCACAGGUGAUAACAUUUUUGGGCCAAGUGCUACUGAUGCUGCGGAAUCUAUGUUUGAAGUUUUUGGUCCUGUUAUAGAAUCUGGAAUUCCAUGGGCAGCUGUUUUGGGAAACCAUGACCAGGAAUCCACAAUGAAUCGUGAAGAAUUGAUGUCUUUCAUCUCCCUAAUGGAUUAUUCUGUGUCGCAGACCUUUCCAACAGUUGAAGAUAUCUUUGAUCCAACUAAACAAAAACCAAUGACAAAUAUUGAUGGAUUUGGGAAUUACAAUCUCAGGAUAUGGGGAGCACCGGGUUCAUACUUGGCAAACAGCAGCAUUUUUAAUCUCUAUUUUCUUGAUAGUGGAGAUAGAGCUAUUGUUGAUGGGUUCAGAACAUAUGGAUGGAUAAAGGAGUCUCAGCUCAGUUGGCUUCGUAGUGUUUCUAAGAGAUUUCAGGGACAACUGCUGAACGACAAUCAUUUAGCGGACUUUCCUUCUUUCUCAAUUAUGCACCCUGCAUUAGCAUUCUUCCAUAUUCCUAUUCCAGAAAUCCGGCAAGGUCCUGUUAAAGGGGUUGUUGGCAAAUAUAGCGAAUAUAUAGCAUGUUCAGUAGUGAAUUCUGGAGUUUUAAAGACUCUUGUUUCAAUGGGGGAUGUGAAGGCUGUUUUUAUAGGUCAUGACCACAAGAAUGACUUUUGUGGAAAUCUAGAUGGCAUAUGGUUUUGUUAUGGUGGAGGGUUUGGUUAUCAUGGUUAUGGUAUUGCUGGAUGGCCAAGAAGAGCUAGGGUCAUAUUGGCUGAGCUUGAAAAGGGUGAAAAGACCUGGAUGGGUGUGGAAAAGAUCAAAACAUGGAAGCGACUGGAUGAUGAGAUGCUGAGCAAGAUUGAUGAGCAAGUCCUGUGGGACCGUCAGUCAUCAAAAUGAUGUUAGAAAACAGAUACUCUGAUAAGCUGGUCCUGUUAAAAAGUAGGAUCAAUGCAGCAUCAUGGGAUGAACUUCUUCAAGUGAAGGUUCGUAUGUGUAUUAUUUUCCAUUUGUUGAUGUGGCUGUACGAUUGCACUGUGUUUCAAUGAAAAUGAUUUGUUUCUGCUGAAUAUUCCAUUAGAACAAUGUAUAUUUAACUAACAAGAGAACUAUAUUUCUGGCCUUUCUUGAAAUAGUAAGAGAACGCUUUUUAAGUCUUGUUUA